AUGGCAUCACCCAUCACAGGAACGCCAUAUCUGCCGGAAGAGAUUCUCCAGCUCAUUUUCGAGCAGCUCAAGAUUUCUCUGGACAGGAAGGGCUACAAUGACAAACGUCAGACUCGUGCAACGUUAGCGACCGCCUGUCUGGCCAGCAAGCAAUGUCGACGUCUCGCUCAGCCCGUCUUAUACCAUACCAUCGAUUUGGAAAGCGCAUAUGGCGAGGAUGAAAAGUUUUACAGAUUGUCCGAUACCUUGGCCCGUUCUUCAUUUCUAUCGGGUCUUGUACACGAACUUAAGGUCGAAUAUUGGGAUUUCCGGCCGGGCACAGACCUUGAUCCGUUCGACGAUGGGGGAACAUAUGAGACAAAGCAUAUGCUAGAAUCGUCACGACCAGAAUUCGAGAGGGCGAUGGGAAGUAUGAGAGAUUUCGUGCAUCCCAUCCGGAGCACCCGGAGCGGCACGUUGUUGCAAGCUGCGUACGCGGGAUCAUUGGAUGCGCAUCUCGCUUUUAUCCUCACUCAGUGUCGUAAUCUGGAGAGGCUUGGUCUUACCAUUCCAGUUGACUUCGACGAAAGUUGGGUCUCGGCUGUAUUAGAGCAUGCUGCGGCCAUGUGUCACUUGACCAACGCAUCUGCGCCGAGCGGGUCGUCUACACUGGCAUCUGGCUCUCUUCUCCCGUGCCUCAAGCAGUUCGACACCGAGCAUUGGGACACGGAAAAUGCUACCGAUAUCACGGACAUCAGCGACAUUCUUGGCAUCACUACUUUGACGAAAUAUCACGGUUUCGCCGUCGAUGUCACUCCGGGAGAGAAUCCGCUGAAAAUUAAACCUUAUACUCUCGAAAAGAUCGAGUUGCUCUACUCCAUCAUAGACGGCGAAGGGCUUGCGAGACUGCUCUCUUGCUGUCCUAAACUCUCCAGCCUCUCGAUCGAGUGGGGCGGCGCUACUGUCGGAGACUGCGAAAUUUCAUGGGAUGCCAUCGGCACGGCCCUUCGCGAACACGGCAGAGGCAUGAAACGGUUACAGUUCGACUACACACAUUCGAUGCUCUUUGAACAGGGUGAUGAUGAGCCUGUACAUCCUCCUCUCGGCGACCUCAAGCCCCUCACUUCUCUCACGUACCUCGAAGUCCCCGCGGUGGCGCUCUUCGGACAAGACGAUGAUCUCGUCGAGGGGUAUCCCCAUUUUGAGCUACCGAUCCUAGCAGACAAUCUGCCUGCAUCUCUGAAGACGUUGAAGAUCAUGCAAUGGGGGGAGCUGGACGAGGAGAUGCAUGAUGAAGACGUGUUGAAGAAGAGUUUGAUAGGUGCUUUGGUGGCUGAGAGUAGGCUGCAGAAUCUCUCGACUGUGAGGAUCCAGGGCAGUCAGUUCACCGCCGAGGACUUUGAGGAGGUAGAAGGAUGGCGGGUGAGUUUGGACAACCAGUUCUGGGUCGUUUUGAAGAAGAAGCAGCAGCAGCAGCGAGAUACGGAGGCAGAAGGAUGA